GCCUUCUGAAAGGGCAUUGAAUUUUCCAGGCCCAGGACGACCGUCGUGUUGUAUUGACCCGACGUAGGGAAUGCGACUCGCCAUUGGCGUAUUCUCGACUUCACUUUUUUCUUCUGAACGACAGCGCUUCUACCACAUCCGCUGGUGGAAAUGCCUCUCAGACGGACAGUGCGCCGUUCUGCGGCUGCGGUAAGCCCAGAUCGUAGCUCUCUAAUUGCAGAGCUAUCAAAUCUGGACCCGAAAAACCCGGCUCUACCCAACAUUCCAACAAAAACCUCAUUUGCCUAUGGCUCGCAAGCUACUGCCAUUCUCCCGCGGCAGCUCGUGGUACAAGAGAAGAUGGAUCUGACAGAGAUGGCCGCAACCAUUGAGAGGGGAAGGAUAGAGGCUGAGGACCGAGAGAGACAGGAAGCUCUCGAGGCUGAGCGUUUCACUCGCAGGAAACGAUCUAUUACCCCAGUUAAGAAGCGUGAGCCAACGCCUGAUCAGAUUCAACUCCUCGACACACUUCAAGAGGAUAUUCAGAGCGCUUCGGCUUCUCCAGAACCCGGGCGAUCCACCCCAACACCAACACCACCCAUACCUCAUACCCUUUCGACGACUUCAGGUUCAGUCACGCAUUCGCCUCGACAAAAUGGCCUUUAUCCCUCCUCGCUCUUUCACCCCGGGCUUGUGAAUGGUCUUGGCACUCCGUUAGGGAGUUCUCCACUUCAAAGCUCCAUGGACAAUGAUUCUACCAUUAACUCGUGGACAGUGGAGCGAGAUGUUCACGAGGAUGAUCUUAAACGAACACAUCCCGGUCGUGGACGCAACAUAUCUGCUCCUCCUCGCCGUAUUUCGGGCCUCGCAUUAAUACACGAGACCAUUGAAGAGGAACCUCCGGCGCCUCAACCAGAGCCGGAGCCAGAGCAUGAAUCAGAGCCUGAACCAGAACCUGAACUGGAACCUGAACUGGAACCUGAACCGGAACCUGAACCGGAACCUGAGUCGGAACCAGAGCCGGAACCGGAGGCGAAACCAGUUGUUGAGCCUCCCCCAGCUCCUCCAGCUACAGUCGUGCGUCAAAGCCGUGCUCGCCGACAAUCCCCUGUCAAAGUUGAAGUUGCGGUGCCCCGACUAAACUUGUUCUUUCGGAUAGCUACCAUCGCGCUCUUAACGACACUCUCCUGCCUUGCCUUGUAUACUUACGGUGAAAGACUUGCCCAACUUUCCCGUGGCGUCUGCUCAUUUCCUUUUGGUGGACAACCACGUGUCUGGAACGCUUCUGAUCCAAAUGUAGUCAAUCUGUUGACGAAAGAAGUUGACGAACUAAACUCCCAAAUAUUGGCAUUGUCCAAAGACCUUAAAGGGGUCAAAUCCGAGCUAGCCAACACGAUUUUCGAUAACAACGCCCGACCCAUACCGGGUCACAAGGCAAAGUCGAAGAUCAACUUUUUGUCGUAUGGAACCGGGCCCAUCGUCGAUCCUAACAGAACCACUCCGACGGCUGGCAAGAAGCCAAAUUGGUUUCAGCGAGUGUAUUUCUGGGUCUUUGGCGGACGGAAAGAAAACUCCCCUGCUACCGUUUUCCUCCCCUGGAACGAUGUCGGCGAUUGCUGGUGCAGUACUCCCCGGAAUGGAAUGGUACAGCUAGCAGUAUCACUCGGCCGGCAGAUUGUCCCCGCAAGUGUGGAAAUCGAACACAUACCCCAUGAGGCGACACUCAUGCCGGACGUUGCCCCGCGACGCAUGGAACUUUGGGCUCAGUACUGGGGCGAAGUGCCCGAUUCACCGUCAGCCUCACUGUUCUCCUGGUUCCCUCGAUGGCUGUCAAUCAUCCCAUCUCGUCUGCAGCCGGAAAAGAUCCCCACCUCAUCAUCCCCCACACCGUAUUCCUACAGCUUAUCGGGGAAAUUCCUACUCCACGAGACCAUCAUGGGCGUCCUACGAAAAGUCUACGAGAAGGAACCGGAAACCUCGUACUCAACGGACGCCGCCGGUGACGAGUACAUGGGUAAGGGAUUUUACCGCCUCGGUCGCUGGGAAUACAACCUCCAUGGCCGAGACUAUGCGCAGGAGUUUCCCCUAGAGGCGAUCGUUGAUCUACCGGGGAUCAGGGUUAACAAGGUCGUUUUCCGGGUCACAUCGAACUGGGGCGGGAAUGUCACUUGUAUUUACCAAGUGAAGUUAUUUGGGUCUGUGUAA